AAAACAUCAGACCGCUUUCUCAAGCUCCUUUCCAAGCCGUCUGACAACUCAAGUCUUGCCAGCAAUUCCUCUUAAUCCUCUUACAGACCGUGUGUCAAGCCUCAACAAAUACAGGUACGUCUCACCACCCCGGCCUGCCAUUUUGCAUCUUCUUGUGCCGGCCCCCUCAUCACCUUCUCCGAACAUCUUCGUCUCCGGACAUCGCAUAAGGCCCCGUAACCAUUGCCGAGACUGUCGUCGGGAUUGAUCCUGCGAGUUUCUUGAAUCUUUCUGCUGCCCAUUGCCUCCACGCGAGCCGCUCUUCUUGACAUUGCAAUACUCAUCCUUCACAGUUUGACCAAACACCACAAUGUCAGCCAAGUCUAUCCUCGAGGCCGACGGCAAGGCCAUCCUCAACUACCACCUCACCCGCGCUCCCGUUAUCAAGCCCACUCCUCUUCCCCCGUCGGCCACACACAACCCCCCCUCCAAGCUCGCAUCGCUGCACUUCGCCGCUGAUGAGGACGUCAAGGGCGUGCUCGACCAGGCCGAGGCCACAUACCCAUGGCUCCUCACUCCCGGAUCCAAGUUCGUCGCAAAGCCAGACCAACUGAUCAAGAGGCGAGGCAAGAGCGGUCUGCUCGCGCUGAACAAGACCUGGGCUGAGGCGAGGGAAUGGAUCGAGGCGAGGGCAGGAAAGGAGCAGCGCGUCGAGACUGUCGAUGGUGUACUGAGGCAGUUCUUGGUCGAGCCCUUCGUUCCCCACCCCCAGGACACCGAGUACUACAUCAACAUCAACUCUGUGCGAGAGGGUGACUGGAUCCUCUUCACCCACGAGGGUGGUGUCGAUGUCGGUGAUGUCGAUGAGAAGGCUGAGAAGCUUCUCAUUCCUGUCGAUCUGAAGGAAUACCCCUCAAACGAGGAGAUUGCCGCUACUCUUUUGAAGAAGGUUCCCGAGGGUGUACACAACGUCCUCGUUGACUUCAUCUCAAGGUUAUACGCCGUCUACGUUGACUGCCAGUUCACCUACCUUGAGAUUAACCCUCUCGUUGUCAUCCCCAACGAGGAGAAGACUUCUGCUGAGGUUCACUUCCUGGAUCUUGCUGCCAAGCUUGACCAAACUGCUGAGUUCGAGUGCGGUGCCAAGUGGGCUAUUGCCCGCAGCGCGACAGCUCUUGGCAUACCAGCUGCUCCCCAAAAGGAUGCUAAGCAGACUAUCGAUGUCGGCCCACCGAUGGAGUUCCCCGCUCCUUUCGGUCGUGAGAUGAGCAAGGAGGAGGCGUACAUUGCCGAGAUGGACGCUAAGACUGGUGCUUCCCUCAAGCUGACUAUCCUCAACUCCGUCGGCCGUGUCUGGACACUCGUCGCUGGUGGUGGUGCUUCCGUCGUCUACGCCGACGCUAUCGCCUCUGCUGGCUUCGCUAGUGAGCUCGCCAACUACGGUGAGUACUCUGGUGCUCCUACCGAGACUCAGACCUUCCACUACGCCCGUACCGUCCUCGACCUCAUGCUCCGUGCUCCCCAACACCCAGAUGGCAAGGUUCUCUUCAUCGGUGGAGGUAUUGCCAACUUCACCAACGUUGCCUCAACAUUCAAGGGUGUCAUCCGCGCCCUGAGGGAAGUCGCCCCCCUUCUCAUCGAGCACAACGUCCAGAUCUGGAUCCGUCGUGCCGGUCCUAACUACCAGGAGGGUCUCAAGAACAUCAAGGGUGUCGGCCAGGAGCUCGGCCUCAACAUGCACGUCUACGGUCCCGAGAUGCACGUCUCAGGUAUCGUGCCGCUUGCUCUUAUCCCCGGUAAGACUAGCGACGUUAAGGAAUUCUCUGGUUAAGCGUGUGCUUUGUAUAUUAGGGUCGCGGGUGUAGAU